AAAUUGUGACGAGGCGAAUAAUUAUAAUAUUGUAGAUUUAAACUAUUCAUGUGUUUUCAAUGUUUUCCUGUAUUUGAUGUUUGAUCCUGCGUGGAUAUUGCGUUAUCAUAAAAAGUUAUUAAACGGUGUUUAACUGUGUAAUUGUGAUGACAGUUGCGACUGAGCAUAACAUGAUCAUACUCCAGUAAAUUUAGGUACACGUGUAUUUAUGGACAUAUGUAUGUGUUUAUUUGGCUGCUGGGGGCUGUGUACUGCUGUGGUUUAUCAAUGGCUCUCUGCUGUGUCGCUGUCCGCUCCUGUGGUGCUGAAAUACCUAAUGUCUCUGCUCAGCUACACUGGCCUUUUUUGAAAUAUCGAAUAUGCUGAUGGUAUUUCAGCAUGUGAAAAGAUUAGGGAACAAUCAACCAAUAAGUAUCUGAUUUGAAGGAAAUCUUGGCAAGGCCAGAACAUAGAAUUUUGAAUUGUGAAGUCACCACAAAUAAACAUUGUAUUAAGAUUAAUGUUUGCAUGCAGUAACUAUAGUACUCGUAACAUAACAAUUAUAAUUAUAAUAGCUGCAGUAGCUACUCCUGAUCAAAUUGAUAAUAAUAAUAAUGAUAGUAAUAAUAAUAAUGUGGACAAAAAACCUUUUCUACGUAAAUUAUAACCGUAAAUACGUGAGCAUACGCAAAUGAGUAGAGCAUACUCAUAUGUAAAAACGCACAUUUCCUAAAAAUCCGUAUGUGUUCCAAAUUAUUGAAAUUUCUAAUAAGUCAUAUCAAAUAAGCCAUAUUAAAAGCAUUGCUAUACUCUUCUGCAUUAAAAAAAACAACAACUUGGCCCUCUCCUUAUUCUUCUUGCCAUCUCAUCUCUCUUUUGGUCGCUCAAAAAUAUUGUGUCAAAGACACAAACACCAGUCCAAGUGUGAUUCAAAUGACGCAUUUAACAUGCUUGAUAAAGAACGUUUUAAAACAUGACAUGCGGUGCUCAGAUAAACCUAAAACGCACACGAGCGCCGUAUUAGCCUUGGUUUGAGAAAUUUCACAUACUUCCUAGUUUCAAGCUGCAUCCCGUAUAGGGCUGCCAGUCUCCACUGUGGACUCUGAGUGCCGCUGUUGGUCAAUAAGACAGAGGAUUGCUGUACUUUCACAACCCCUCCCAUCAAAUUGUAUUUAACAUGAGCAGAGGAGAGGGCAGAUUUUCCACUAUCUUUCCGAACCAGAAUUGUUCAGUAGCCUACACACCACGGAUUGCUCGAUUUGUUUUAUCGUAAGUGAAGCCAGUUGCGGAUUUAUUUCGUAUUUAAUAUUUUACUGGACAACUUAUUUAUAUCAUUAGGACUGAAAUGGUUGUGCAGCAGCAGCAACGUUCGCUCCAGUGGCAGGUACAGUUGUUCGUGUGUGUGAUUGUUUUUAAUGGGGUUUUGGCACAAGUCAGAUACUCGAUUCCAGAAGAAAUGGUGAAAGGGUCUCUGAUAGGGGAUAUUGCAAAGGAUUUGGGAUUGGAUGUCAGAAGGCUUAAAUCGGGUCGUGCUCGUAUUGUUACCGAGGACAGCAGCGACUGUGUGGACCUGAAUGCGGACAAAGGGAUUCUGCUGGUGAAAAAACGCAUAGACCGAGAGGAGCUGUGCGGUCAGACGUCUCCUUGCAGCUUCAGUUUCGAAAUGGUCCUGGAAAAUCCAAUGGAAUUGUUCAGCAUUACAGUGGAGAUUCUUGAUAUUAACGACAAUUCUCCCGUAUUUUCAACUAAAGAAAUUACACUGGAUAUAAGCGAAGGGGCGGUGAUCGGAGCUCAUUUUAUUUUAGGCGGCGCCGUGGAUGCUGACGUAGGUAUAAAUACGCUUCAAAGCUACAAUCUGAAACCCACCACACAUUUUAAUCUUAAAGAGCAAACCCACGCCGACGGGAGUAAAUAUGUAGAGAUGGUUCUGCAGAGUCCCCUCGAUAGGGAAAAGCAGAGCGAGAUGUUUUUAACACUGACUGCAGCUGACGGAGGGAACCCUCAGCGGACGGGGACUGUGAACAUACGAGUUAUUGUACAAGAUGCCAAUGACAAUGCGCCUGUUUUCAACCAGGCCGUAUACAAAGCCUCCGUCAUAGAGAAUUCUCCAAAGGGAACAUUAGUUACGGCCGUCACCGCGACUGACGCAGACGAGGGCACCAAUGGCGAUAUAACGUAUUACAUUGAUCAGGCCACACAACAGAAUAUCAGCUUGUUUACCUUGAAUCCCGACAAUGGAGAAAUUAAAGUUUUGGGUAAUAUAGAUUUUGAAAAGUCCAAACAUUAUCAAAUGAAUGUAAUCGCGAAAGACAAGGGAUCUCUAUCUAACUCAUGCAAAGUAAUAAUUGAAGUGAUCGAUGUUAAUGACAACCCUCCCGUUAUGGCGAUGACAUCUUUUUCUAAUACGAUCUCAGAAGAUUCUGUGCCAGGCACUACCGUUGCUAUCAUUAGCGUUAAAGACUUGGACUCGGGGAAGAAUGGACAGGUCAACUGCACUGUUAGCCCAUCAUUACCCUUCAAGAUAAAAUCUUCAUUGACAAACUAUUAUACUUUGGUAACUGACCGCAUUUUAGACCGCGAGACCGUCUCUGAGUACAACAUUACAAUCACAGCGGCAGAUCAAGGCGUUCCCUCGCUGCGCAGUAAUAAGACACUUCUGGUAAAAGUGACAGAUGUGAACGACAACGCACCGGUAUUUGAGCAAAAUAUGUAUGAAUCUACCUUGAUCGAGAACAACUCUCCAGGAGUAUCUGUAGCUUCUGUUCACGCCAACGACGUGGAUUGGAAUCAAAAUGCUCGAGUCUCUUAUUUCCUUGAAGAUACACAAGUAAAUGGCUCUCCGAUUUCCGACUUAAUUUCUGUAAACUCUGAAACAGGCGUGAUGUAUGCAGUGCGCUCGUUUGAUUACGAACAGAUCAAGUCGUUUGAAAUGCUUGUUAAAGCACAAGAUGGGGGCUCACCACCUCAAAGUUGCAGCACAACUGUUAAAAUCUUUAUUCAAGACCAGAACGAUAACGCACCUCAGAUUCUCUACCCAGUUCAUACUGGUGCCACUGUGGUGGCUGAAAUGGUUCCUCGUUCAGCAGAUGUUGGCUAUCUGGUAACUAAGGUAGUAGCUGUUGAUGUGGACUCUGGUCAGAAUGCCUGGCUCUCAUAUAAACUAUUGAAAGCAACAGACAGGGCGCUGUUUGAAGUUGGUUUACAAAAUGGUGAAAUAAAAACUUUACGCCAGGUCACCGAUAAAGAUGCUGUGAAACAAAGGCUUACUGUUGUAGUGGAGGACAACGGGCAGCCCUCUCGCUCAGCUACAGUAAAUGUCAAUGUGGCGGUGGCGGACAGCUUUCCAGACGUGUUCUCGGAGUUCACUGAAUUUACUCAAGAUAAGGAUUACAACGACAACUUGACUUUUUACUUAAUUUUGGCCUUGGCGGUAGUUUCCUUCCUUUUCAUUUCAUCUCUAGUCGUCAUAAUAUCGAUAAAAGUGUACCGAUGGAGACAAUCUCGCAUCUUCUAUCAGUCCAAUCUCCCUGUUAUUCCUUAUUAUCCACCCCGUUACGCAGACGUUGGGGGUACAGGAACUCUACCGCACGUGUUCAAUUACGAGGUGUGCAGAACCACUGACUCCAGAAAGAGUGACUAUAAGUACCUCAGACCCAUGAGUCAAAGCCUCAUGAGUGUUGACAUAAAUGAUAUGGAGACAAUGCCGCAUGUUCAAAAGGAGCAGUCUCCAACCGGAGCAUCUUCAACGCUGGUGAGUGUUACUACUGCUUUACGAAUGAAUGAUUUUUUAAAAAAAUGUGCUGUCGAAUAUUCUUUCAAAUGUUUUUUUUUUUUUUUUUUUAUACAUGCAUACAUGUUAAAUUGUCCUGAAACAUAUUAGUGUGAUAGUGGGGGUUUGAUCAAGGUUUAUAUUGACAGUUUAUAUUGAAAUAUAUAUUCGGUUAUAUGUGCGUCCUCGUGCACUUUCCUCCUGUGAUAAUGCGACAUUUACAUUUCGAUUAUGCAUUGGACAUAAACGUUCUAAAGUUAUAAAAUGUAAAACAAAUGGAAUAAUUUGAAAAUUAUUUUCAAAUAAUUAAAUGCAUCUAGCAAUAAAUUAAACACUUGCGACCUCUGCGGUAAACACUUAAACCAUGCAUUGAACAUAAAUGAAUAUUUUUUAGGAUGUAAGUGCUUGCGUAAUCGAUAUUGUAGAUUAAAAAUGUGAAUUUAUAAUAGUCAACUCCAAUUAAGAAUGAAUAUGGCAUUUUAUUUUUAGAGAUUUAAUUCCUUAAUUUCUCUGUGUGCCGUUGCUGUUUAACGCGAUGGGGCUGGAGUCGGUUCUCAGCAUAUCGCACUGGAGGUAGAAGCAAAAACCCUAUGAACAAUUAAGAGAUACUAUACAGUACAAGUCACAGACUUAUAUAUGAAUAUAUAGGCUGCGCUCAGACUAAAACUGAGUGCGUAAUGACCGAAUAGAGCACUAAAUCGAAGAGAAAAAUGCCUUUAAGAGAUGUGUUUUUUAUUUUUAUUAGUUCAUACUAGACUCAUUGUGUGCAUUGCGUACAUUGUACUCUAAGUGCCGCUGUUGAUCAGGAAAGCUUUGGAAGUUGAAUAGUCUUGCACCGC